AUGUCUACAAUACUGUACAACGCCAAUUCUACGCUAGUUUCAAGGUUUCAGAGAAAGAUCAAAUCAGCUGAAGAGAUACAACAUGAAUCAGAGGAAGAUCCCCGUUUUGAAUCUUUGUUUCCAUUAGAUUCUAGGGAGUAUCUGCAGGAGCUUUGCUGCUCAAUAUAUACCGAAUCCCUUAUGAAUCGAAUCAAUAAUUUGUCGAGCACAAAACUAGCAAUGCAUGCAUUUUGCGCUUUACUCAUAAAGAACUUUGUCAAAUCCUGGUACGGUACAAAGAUAGCAACGUCCGACCUCGAACUUAUUCAAGAACUUUUCGACCUUAUUGAGCAGGUUUCGAAUUAUCUUACUAAGACAAUUAUUGAUUGGGAACAACUGGUCUGCGAUGAUAUACCGUUUGUUCUUACCCAGCAUGUAAACAUAAUGCGCCAUGUCAUGGAAGAAGAUUUAACCUAUGAGAAAUUUCUUGAUUUGUAUUUAUAUGAGGGGGAGUACCCGAAUGUGAUAUCAGACCGCAUUUUAGAGCCGCUUGUAUCCAAAUCAAUGUUACAGAAAACUUUUUUGAAUGAGCUUUUUCGAAGCCUUCUUUUCGAAAGAGUUGUGGAAAGUCUCAUGGAUCCAUCCGUUCUCAUGGAUAUUAUCACCAAAUUCGCCAAGAGUAUUAAUGAUAAAUCGGAAAGGCAGCCCAGGCUUUCACUCUUCAGCUAUAUAUCGAAGUUGAAAGGAAAAAUACUAGGUGCUGUCCAAUAUUUUUCUAAGUUGGAAAAAGUCAUUAUAUCAAGUAGUGAUGAGAUGGUGCCGUUCUCUCACAGAUAUAUUUUCUCAUUUCUCAAGACCAUCUUUCGUUUGAACAGCCGCAGACCUCUAUUGUACACCAUAUUGAAAUACAUGCAGUGUUUUGCAGCAAACCAGCCUGCCAUAAAUACUUUUUUGCGAAGCACCUUUCACAAUGUGCUCUCUUCAAAAAUCUUAGCCUCAAAUACCAUCACCGAAGGCUUCUGCAAAUUGAGGCACAUUCUUUUUCCUAAGGAUAAUAAAUUCAAUCCAGGCAGAAAAAUAUUAUCAGAGGAUGAGUUGAUUGCCUUAAAGACGCAAUGCGAAGAAAACCUUACCAGAAUAUUGAAGCAUCAUAGCCUCUUCACCGUUCUGGCAAUAUCACAAAGGGAUAUCCACGGAUUCAUUGAAGCUUUAAACCGGGAUAAAAGAAUGAAUACGCUUCUCCUCUACAAGAUUAUUGAAACUAUCGUGGCGCAUGCCACUUAA